AGAAUCAUUAAGAUCACAAGAAAUGCAAAAGAAAUUGAAUGAAUUUAUGAACUCAGAUUUCACAAAUGAUUUGAACGGAGCAAACCAAUGUGUAACCGAAUUCCAAAACAUCUUACUCGAAACAUCGAAAAAAAGUUUGAAAAUUAAAAAGUGCAAACGAAGAAGAAAAAUCACUAACAUUGCUCAAAAGAUAUGGUUUGAUAAAGACUGUAGAAUCAAACGACAUGAUUUAAGGAAAUUAUCUAAUUUAAAGCAUAGAGAUCCUACAAAUGUUGAACUUAGAAAAAACUACCAUGAUGCCUUGAAAUCAUAUAAGGUAACCCUACAGCUGAAACAAAGUGAAUUUCACAACAAAAAGAUGAAUGAACUACAAACAGAACUUGACUAA